ACAUAAAUAAUCCUUUUAAUGAAAAAUUGUUUUUCAAAACAAAACAGUCUAGCCAGAAGAAUGGCAUUAUUUUACAUUUUUUUUCCCCAAAUGUCUUUAAUAUCUGUUUUUUUUUUUUUUUUCCCACUGUACAGCAAGGGGGUCAGGUUAUCCUUACAUGCAUACAUUGCAAUUACAGUUUUUCCUAAUAUCUGGUUUAAUAGAAGAUGUAUGGGGUCUUAUAUCUGCUUUUGCAUUCAGUCUGUUGCUAGAUCACAUAUUACGUGAUCUAGAAGAUACAUGUCCACUGUAUACUUACGAAAAAAAUGAGUUUAAAAGGAAAAUAACAGCUUAGUAUUAUUAUGAAAAUAUUUUUAACAUUGAGGACCCUCUGGAAGGAUCUUUUUUUUUUUUUUUUUUAGGGUCGUACCCGUGGUAUAGAGAGGUUCCCAGGCUAGGGGCUGAAUCAGAGCUGUAGCUGCCCGCCUAUGCCAGACCACAGCAACGUGGGAUCUGAGCCAUGUCUGCGACCUACACCACAGCUCACAGCAACCCCAGAUCCUUAACCCACUGACCAAGGCCAGGGAUCGAACCCGCAACCUCAUGGUUCCUAGUCAGAUUUGUUAACCACUUCACCAAGACAGGAACUCCGAAGCUUUGAGUCUUUAAUUUGCAUAUUUGGAUCUCUUGUCUAUUAUUAAACUGAUUCCUAUUAUUAGCACUUUUUUUUCCUGAAGAUUGUAAAAGAGAAUUUGUAGAGAUAUGGAUAAUAAAGGAAAACCACAGAAAUGAGGACCUCAGAGGAGUUCUCUUAUGGUGCAGUGGGUGAAGGAUCCAGCAUUGUCACUUACAGCAACUUGGGUCCCUGCUGUGGUAAGGAUUCCCUGGCUGGGGAACUUGCACAAGCCCCAGGUGCAGCCAAAAAAAGAAAAGAAAAUGAGGACCUCUUAGUUUCUUAGAAGUGGCUGUUUUUUGGAACAGUCCCAACAAAGCAAGAGGAGUAGCUGGACUCCUGGCUCUCAAAAGGUCUUACUGCUCUCCCCACUGCUCAAAAUUGCUACACUCCCUCUGUAACAGAUGCUAGGACUUCAGGGGUGUCCAUUAGAAAAUUUUAGCAGAGGAGAAGUUUAGCAGUUUAAGUUCCUUUAGCAGAAAGGAACCUGAAUACUAUCCAUCAGGAUGUCAGUUCCACCCCUGGCCUCACUUAGUGGGUCAGGGAUCCAACAUCGCCAUCAGCUGUGGUGUAGGUCCCAGACGUGGCUCCAGUCCCCGUUGCUGUGGCGUAUGUAGGCCAGCAGCUGUAGCUCCUAUUUGACUCAGCCUGAGACCCUCCAUAUGACACGCCCCAAAAAGCAAAAAAAAAAAAAAAAAAAUGGUUUUAGCAGAAAUAAGGAAAUGAACUAAGAUCAAAUUCACAAGAGAGAUUAUUCAAAUGCAGCAAUUAUCAAACAAUUUUUUCAAAGGUUAACAAUCUGCGCUCCCUUCUUUGGGUGCUGAAUCCAGAGGAUUCUGGGGGCUCAAGAUACAAAUAUAACUUUAAUGUGCUGCCUCUGGGAAGCAUAAAAGAGAGUAAAUAGUUCUGGGGGCUUUGUUUCUUUGCUGCUCUGCAACUUCAGUUUACCCCACAGAGAGGAUAGUCUAACAGGGACCCCACCUGAGAAGCACGACUUCAUAUUUUCGUGAGAGAUAUCUGUGGGUUGGACGCUGAAAGACUCAAAGCUAGAUCCUGAGUAAAGCUGAACAGCGAUUUAGGAACCCUAAAGUCGAGGGGGCAGGGAUGCAAAAGAAUGAUUCAUUUUUCACUUAAGACUUCUCACUCACAUUAUUAUUUACUCCACUUUAGUGUUCGUGUUUUUAACACCAGAUUUAUGUUUACACAGCAUUGCCCGAUUUACAAGAACUUCGGUUGAGGACCUACUUAGCACUCAACAAUGCUGGAACCCCGCUAUAUGCAAGUUUACGGUGACUGUAUACACUUGAUUGUGGAUUAGGCUAUUAAAAGAGUUCCAGGGAAUUUUCAGAUUUUCUGGAACCGCCCCCACCUCGCUAAGCCGCUCCCUUUUGCCCAGAAGGCGUGGGUGGGGGUGGAGGUGGAGGCGGCGGUUUCCUAGGCGACCGCUGAGCAGCCAGCGCACCCGCCCGCCCUCGUAGAGCCUGGGCCCGGCUGAUGCAACCUCCCCCGCGAGAGCUCCGUCUGCCGAGAGUAAGGAAGCCGGUAGGGACCUGGGCGAGGCCAAUCAGCGGCCACACGGAAGAGUGCGGAGAGGCCCGCCCGCUGGCCCUGCGAGUGACGUUCGGCGACGCAAGGCUGCUGGCGUAGCCGGCCGCCAUCCCUCGUCUCGUCUGCUUGCCUGACGCUGUCCUGCCUCGGCUCUGAUCCUGCGGCCAUUUUGGGCUCCGCUUCCACCCGUCUGCCCGCCCAGCCCUUCCGGGCCCGCACUGCUCGGGGCUUUUCCGCCGUCCAUCUCUCCCGGCAAGUCGCCGCCGCCGCCGCGGGAGGGCUCCUAUCUAUGGUGGAGAGGCCUGGAGCGGACUAGGACACCUCCUAUCCGCCAGGAUGGAUGUCACCUCGGCCGUCGCGUCCUGUGCCCGCCGUCCGGGACUGUGGUCUGUCGCCCGCGGCCGAAGCCGCUCUCCUCUGUGGCUCUUCUGUUGGGCCGGGGAUCGGCCUGGGGCACCUACUCCGCCGCUAGGUAAGGCCAAGACUGUGUAGGCCUCUUCGAGUCCCGCCCGGUCUCCCGCGGCUGAGCUCCGCGUUUCUCUUGGAGAGAUUGCCGAGAACGCAGAGAUGGAGCCGGCAGAAGACGGCUCGCGGGACCGGGCCGCCCCGCGGCCGCGCUCCCGGUUCCGGCUGCCCUUCUUCCCUUGGCGGUCGCGAGCAGGCACUUCUAAGUUCCCCGCACCUCCUGCCCCGGGACACUCCGGGGACCCCAGACAGGCUUCUUGUCCCCUUCCCGAGGCUCGGAGCAGCUCCUGGAUGCAGCUGCUUUCCCAGCUUUUCGCACCGCUCCCCGGCUUGUUUCAGAAGCUGCUGAUCUGGAGCCAGCUUUUUGGUGGGAUGAUUCCGACCAGAUGGCUAGAUUUUACUGGAGGCUACGGCGCCCUGAGAGCCUUGAAGGCACGGGAGGAGCCCGCUGCCCCCACGGCUCCAAAAUCCCUGCUGCGUUUCGACCCUUCGGCUGACGCGGCCGCCAAUCCCCUAGAUUGGCUAGAGGAGGGCAUCCACUGGCAGUGCUCGCCCGCAGAUCUAGCCUUGGAACUUAAGGCCAAGGGAAGAGCUUUGGAGUCCGCUGCCCACGCUUUUCUCCUAGAGCAGCAGCAGCUGUGGCGACUGGAGUUGGUGCCGGGGAGCUUCCAAGCCAGUCUGAUCUCCGACCGGGAACUUGGCCCUUCGCCCUCCGAGCCUCUCAACGUCCAGCGCUUAAGCAAUGUCAACGUCGUCUCUUAUUUGCUGAACUCCUCCUAUCUGGACGGCCUGCCCCGGGUAGAGCUCAGCUAUCAGAGCAGCGCUGGAAGGGGCAAGUUGGUGGAUUUCCAGGCGCUGAGCCCGGAGAGCGGCAGCCUGGAUGAGGUCCUGUCUUCUCAUCCGCAGCCGCUGAACGCGGAGAUUGCUCAUGCCUCGUGGCAAGAAUGUCCGCCUCUCUCUAGAGAAGGCCUGCCAGAAAUCCACCAUCUCCGCAUGAAACGGCUGGAAUUCCUUCAACAGGCCAGCAAGGGCCAAGGGUUACCCACCCCUGACCAAGAUCAUGGCUACCACAGCUUGGAGGAGGAGCACAGCCUGCUCCGGAUGGAUCUGAAGCAUCCCAGAGAUAGUCCCACACAGUGUAUCCCCGUUCCUGGAACCGCCCAGGAACCCACAGAGGAGAAAAUAGAGUUGUUGACUGAAGAGGUUCCGCUUGCUCUGGAAAGACACGAUUCCUCAGAAAGCUGUGCAUCAUGUGAGUUUCCUGCUGAACAGGAGCCUGGAGAGGACCAAAUAAGUGUGGUGGACAACUCAGACAUAGAAGAUGACCUUCCCACCUCUGCCAGACCAGCCUGUAGUAACAAAUUGAUAGAUUACAUUUUGGGAGGUGCAGCCAGUGACCUGGAAACAAGCUCUGACUCAGAAGGUGAGGAUUGGGAUGAAGAUGCUGAGGAUGAUGGUUUUGAUAGUGAUGGCUCACUCUCAGACUCGGACCUUGAACGAGACUCAGAAGGUCUCCACCUUUGGAACUCUUUCUACAGUGUAGAUCCUUAUAAUCCCCAAAACUUUACAGCAACAAUUCAGACUGCAGCCCGAAUUCUUCCUAGAGAAUCCUCUGACUCCGAGAAGGAUUUAUCUGACCAGUCUGACGUAGAAAAUUCUCCCCAGACAGGAAGCCUUCCCGAGUCUCCUGACCAUAAUUCUGGGGAGGACGAUGACUGGGAAUCUAGUGCAGAUGAAGCAGAGAGUCUCAGACUGUGGAACUCUUUCUGUAAUUCCGAUGACCCCUACAACCUUCUAAAUUUUAAGGCUCCCUUUCAAACAUCAGGGAAAAAUGGGAAAGGCUGUCGUGACUCAGAGAGGCCACCUGAAUCCAUUGUGACCAUUUCUGACUGUCACUCCUUACUUUCCUGUGAGGUGCACCUGUUAGGGAGCCGAGAAAAUGAAUGUCCAGACUUGGUACAGGGUGGGGUGCUUUCUGGAGAAAGACACACACAUACCCAGAGAAAAAAGGUAACCUUCCUUGAAGAAGUUACGGAGUAUUAUAUAAGUGGUGAUGAGGAUCGAAAAGGACCGUGGGAAGAAUUUGCACGGGAUGGAUGCAGGUUCCAGAAACGCAUUCAAGAAACAGAAGAUGCUAUUGGAUACUGCUUGACAUUUGAGCACAGAGAAAGAAUUUUUAAUAGACUGCAGGAAACAUGCUUCAAAGAACUUAAUGUUUUUGAGCAAUGUUAAGAUGCUUUUGACAGCCCCUGACCCUAGCAUACAUUACCUCUUAUUUGAGAGGUUUCUUUUAAAAACAAAAAUUGGCAGCUGUCCUUUGACUUUUUUCUUAGAGGAUAUGCAACUUGGAUCCAAUGACCUGGUUUAAUAUGUUUUUGCAACGUAUCCUACUCAGAACUGUCCAGGUUUGAAGCCAAGCCCUGAUAAUGAAGGAUGCAGUGGUGUGAUUUCUAGUCCUCCCUUUUUUGGUUUCUAUAGACAGAUGUGUUUUUGAAUGUUAUAUGCUUGCUGAAGUGAAAAGGGGACCUCUUGAGGUGUAAUUUUGCACUUUCGGAACUUAUUUUCUUGGAAAACAAUAUUUAUAGACUUUAAAGCCCAUUUUCCAUUCUAAUCUAAAUUAUGUGUACCUAUCUUAAAACUUUGGGCUUUUUUUUCUGCCCCAACAUUCUGGAAUUAAUGGGGUUUUAUGUUUUCUUUUUUUAUUUUAGUUAAUUUGGCCCUUCUACUUUAAGGCUAAGAAAAUAACCUUGUAUAUACUAAUAACUUAAAGUACAGUAUCUUGUGUCACUUUUUCUUUCUAAAAAUGACUUUGGUUUAAAAUGUAUGGUGGGUUUUUAUUUCUGUAAAUAAAUACCCUACCUGGGAUACUUCCAAGGGCUGCCACAAAAACUACAUGGGCGGUAUUUUCUGCUACUUUGGGAGAGCUGCAUCUUUCUGCCAAAUCUGAUGUAUUUAAUUUCUGUGCAAACCGUUUUCUGGAGAGGGUUCUGUAUAUGUUAUUGUAAUUCCCACUUCAGCGGCUUUUUGUGUCUUCAACAGGUAGAAGUUGUUGUAAAAGACUCCAGAAAGUAAUAAUUGCAUCACAGCCAUUUAUUUUUAAAUUUUAAAGCCUAAGAUUUUCCUAGGAAGAAUAUAGGAGAUAUGUCAGAGCCAUUUGGUUUUGUUCUAUAUGCUCUCAAAAGAAAACCAGUGUUACUAAUAUCAUGCCUCAGCACUGUCACUUUUAAAACCUGAUAGGGUGACACUGUGAACUUGGAAAUGGGCAGUUCUUAAUUUUCCAGUUUGAAAUGUAACAUCUAGACUUCAAUCACUAUUCAAGUUUAUUGUGUUCUCCUGUUUUAAUAAUGAGAAAAGUAAUGGCAAGGCCUAUAGUUUCAGGAUAAGAUAGAACUAUAGAUUUAACAAGUAGUCUUAAUAUCUUUAGCCCAAAGUUUACAUUUGAAUUGAAGUUUUUGCAGUGAUUGGUUGUACUUGGUUAAUUUAGUUAGCUCUACGUGGUGUGCAUUUGUAAGGUCGAGGGAAUGUUAACCGACCCUUUUGUGGUCUGUUUUUACUUCAUGUGCCUGUGUCACAGGUAAUGGAAAACAUGAGUAGAGUAGAUGAUGUAUUAAUUUUGAACUUGUUUCAAAGUGGGAACACAUAUUUCAUCAGAAGUGCUUGCAGGGUUACUACCUCAGUUUGUAAUGAACCUGGUCUUUACUUCUAAUUGGUUUGCUCUAAGAACUGCCUCUAAUGUUUUACACACACACACACACACAGUACAACAACAUAAAAGUUGGUCAGGUUUUUUUGUGUUUUUUUGCUUUUUAGGACUGCACCUGUGGCAUAUGGAGGUUCCCAGGCUAGGGGUCUAAUCAGAGCUACAGCCACAGCAAUGCCAGAUCGGAGCAAUGUCUGUGACUACACCACAGCUCACGGCAAUGCCAGAUCCUUAACCCUCUGAGCGAGGCCAGAGAUUGAACCCACAACCUUCUGGUCCCUAGUCGGAUUCGUUUCCGGUGUGUCAUGACGGGAACUCCUGUCAGAUUUUUGUAGAGCCCUUGUUCAUUGUGUUUUGUGCAUGUCCACUUUAGGUAAUCAUAGGGAAUGCAUUUAUAGAGUCUGGUAUAACACCAUGAAAACAGGCUGCUUCAAGCACCAGCUGUGUCAGUUGGAAAGAAGGUAUCAUUUGCUUUGAAAAUGUAUAGACAUUCUAUUAAAACUGAACAGAAGUAUACUAUUUUGUUUCAGAGACUUAGGUUGUUUCGUGGCUUUGGAGUCUCGCACCUCUGCAUACGUAAAAAUAAUGGGGUAUCUUUCUAUUUGCUGGAUUUUGGAAAAUUGUUCCCUUGAUACUCCACCCUCAGUACCAAUAUGUAAAAGCUUCUUGUGGAGUUCCCAUUGUGGCUUGGCUGUAGCGAACCUGACUACAUCCACGAGGAUGUGGGUUCGAUCCCUGGCCCCGCUUAGUGGGAUGAGGAUCUGGCAUUGCCUUGUGCUGUGAUGUAGGUUGCAGUCGUGGCUCAGAUCUGAUGUGGCUGUGGGGUAGGCCUGUAGCUGCAGCUCCGAUUUGACCCCUAGUCUGGGAACUUUCAUGUGCCGCAGGUGCAGCUCUAAAAAGCAAAAAAAAACAAACAAAAAAAACCAAAACAAUUUGGUGAAGAAUUCUUGCAUUUACUACCCUCCUUUGAAAGAAGUAAUGAGAAGGGCAAAAGGGACCACUUUGAAUUUGGACAAGGGAAAAAACAAUUCUUGCCAGUUUUGUUUCAAUCCUAGUUGUUAGAACAAGGUUAAACCUUCACAAUCUUGAAAAUUCUUGGAUGUUCUAAUUGAACAUUUUACACAUUUAAAGUUGUACAAUGGUGCUUUAAGUAUCACUGUAGCAUAUGACAGGCUUUGUACAGACAGGUAAAAUCUUUUCUGAGUGUCGAAAUGUGGAAACACCAUCUCUUCAUCUUUAACUUGAAAUCAAAACUAUCAGAUUUUAUUUUUUUAUAAUUUAAGGAAGGUGAAGUUAGGGGACUAGAAGACUUCUGAAUUGGCUUGUUGAGAUCCAGUGAUUUAAAUGUAGCCAGUUUGUUGGGACUUCAUAGGUAAAAUUAUAUUUGUGUAUAUAACUGUUAACUAAUCUGUAAAUUGUAAUAAAUAUAUUUACAAUUAUUAAAUUUACAUGAUUUUUUGGUUCAACUUUAUAUUGUAUUUUGCAUUGUUUGGGGAAUUAGCAGGAUUUUCGAAAUCAAGUGUUUCUUGGGAGCAGUAUAGACUUAAAGGUGCUAAUAUAAAUUUCUGUGGCUUAAAAAGGUUAUGGGACAUGUAAAUAGCACCUCCUCUAACUGAAGGGGAGGAAUGGUAAGGGGGUAAAUAUAACUGCGGACCACAUUUUGGUAAUGGAAGAGAGAAUUUAGGGUGUGAAAUGCCCUUCUUAGUGACUGGGGAUAUGAUUCUCAAAUUGGCCCCAGCUAUGUACUUCUGCUGCAAAGAAAGCAGUGAAACAGUAUUCACAGAAGCAGUAAAAUUACAUGCUGAGAUUAC